AGUGGGGGGGGAGACGAAGCGAGAGGCAGCUGAGGUAUGGAUGAGCCCGGUCCGGUCUGUGUUGAAGAGUCGCAAACGUGAAUUGGACUAUUCCUGCCCGUCGCGGACUGCCGCAAGCAUGAGUUGGAGCCUGCUCAACGAUGUCCUUAAGAACGUGGCCAAGUAUGAAACGGCAGUCGGAAAGGUCUGGCUGUCGGUGCUGCUCAUCUUCCGGCUGCUGGUGCUCGUCGCCGUGGCGGACAAGGUCUACUCGGACGAGCAGAAGGAGUUCGAGUGCAACACGCGGCAGCCGGGAUGCAAGACCGUGUGCUACGACUACUUCUUCCCUGUGUCGCACAUCCGCUUCUGGGCCAUCCAGCUGGUGCUCGUGUCCACGCCCACGAUGCUCGUGCUCAUGCACGUGGCGGCGCGGCGAUUCCGGAACAAGUUCAAAGGUCGUGAGGACCUGGACAAGAUGGAGGGGGGCCUGGUGUGGACCUACCAGCUGAGCGUGAUAUGCCGAGUGGUCGUCGAGGUGGGCUCCGCCUACCUCUUCUGGAGGUUCUGCUCGCCCCUGGGACUCAUCCUGCCCAUGGUGGCCCAGUGCUCGGUGGCCCCGUGCCCCAACUCGGUCGACUGCUUCGUGUCGCGCCCCUCCGAGAAGACUGUCUUCAUCAUCUUCAUGCUCACUGUGUCCGGGAUCUGCCUCUUCCUCAACCUCAUUGAGCUCUUCUACAUCCCCAUCAAGUACUGGCUGGGGCCGUUAUUCUGCAGCACGCGAAGGAAUGUCAACCUCCGCGAGCCGCCCCUCUCGGCGGUGCGGAGCGACUCAACGCGCUCGGCCCCCGACGACAAGGCCGCAGCCUGCUGCAGCUGCCGCUGCGACUGCUCGUGCCACCCGGCCCGCGGCAGGGCCGAACUGACCCGCGGCGGCAGCUACGGUGACGGCGGCGGUCCCGGCGGUGGCGGUGGCUGCGGUGGUGGCAGCCGGAGCUCGGCUUGCGCGGGGCGGCCAAACGGAGUGCUUCCGGGGCGGUGCGUCGUGGUUUUAGAGGCGCAGGACAAGGCCGGCAGGAAGAAGAAGGGCGUGACACGGAUGCAGGCAAUAGAGAUGGGCGAUGGCGAUGGUGGAGAUGGUGGAGGUGGAGGAGGAGGAGGUUGCUCUCCUCCCCCAGUGUCCCCGGCGGCUUCGUUGCUGGUGUCACCGCGGGCGCCGCACCUGGCGACGCACGGGAAGUGCCGCUCGUGCGGCGAGGAGGUGACAGAGGACGGUGGCGACGAGGAGGAGCAGGAGGAAGAGGAGGAAGUGGGAGAGCGGGCGCUGCUAGGGGCGGGCAAGGGCGGCCGUGGCAAAGAGGGCGCCUUGAGCAAGGAGAGGCGGGCGGGCAGCAUGGGAGAUGGGAAGUGACGAUGCUGAUGAUGACGACGACGAUGGCGGCGGCGGCGACGAAGAGGAGGAACUCCGUUUCCGUGGAUUUUUCUGUUUUUGUUCUUGCUUCUGUUACUUGGUUCCCUUGACGUUUGGCAAAAGUAAUCAUUCAGCCCGCAUCUACGCGGGUGCGUGCCAGACUGGGGCAUCGGCGUGCCUUGGCGGGUAACAAGCUCUCGCUCAUCUCUCUCCCGCCUGCGCGAAGACGAAGCCAUGGAACUACUCAGGGAGCGACAACGUUGAGACGAUGACGACGACGUGUCGGUUUUCGUGCGCAGAGGCGGCGUUCGUCGUCGGUCGGUGCAAACUGCGCGUCUCUCUCUCUCUUCGCAAUUGCCGAUGGGGAACCCGCUCGGACGAGGUGCGGGAAGGCAGCGGUGGUAGCAGCCGCGGUAGUGAGGAGCUGGCGACACCAACGGUUGUGUCCCCCCCACAACCCCCCAAGCUCUCACAGUCCUCUUUAUAUUCCGAUGUUUUCAGACAAUUAAAUAAGCGUUUAUAUUCGUGUUGGGGAGGAAUCCGGAGCGCCCGGACUAAAACAAAAACCGCAGACGUGCGCGCGGGGUGGGAGGGUCGGGGGCAACACUUUGCUAUUCCAGAUGGAACAGAUGGGAAUUAGUCCACACACUCUGCUAUAGGAGCGAGCGAGAUGGAACAGAUGGGGAUUAGUCCACACACUCUGCUGUAGGAGGGAGUGAGAUGGAACAGAUGGGGAUUCGUUCCACACUCUCUGCUGUAGGAGGGAGUGAGAUGGAACAGAUGGGGAUUAGUCCACACACUCUGCUCUAGCAGGGAGUGAGAUGGGUACGGCUCCUCCACCACACCCACCCACGGGUAUAAGAGGGAGUUUCAUAACCCAUCUGUGUGCGGUCCACUAACCCUUGCUCUGCAUGGCACUGGAGAACUACUCUAGGCGAUCAGCCAGGUGCGGCGGCGAAUGCUUGUUUGUCCUCGGGUGGCGCAAACUCCAAAUGUACAGCAGUAGGCGUCAGGGUCAGGAUGGAACCCACGACCUCUACCAUGCGAGGUAGUUAACGUAUCUUAGCCACCGUGAUGAUGAUGAGAGAGAGACGCAAACUCCAAAUAUACAGCAGCAGGCAUCGUCAGGGUCGGGAUCGAACCCACGACCUCCUGCACACCAGGCGAGGUAGUGAACAUCUCCUAGCCACCGUGAUGAUGAUGAUGAUGAUGUUGAGAGAGAGAGACGCAAACUCCAAAUCUACAGCAGCAGGCAUCAUCAGGUUCGGGAUCUAACCCACGACCUCCUGCACACCAGGCGAGGUAGUCAACAUCUCCUAGCCACCGUGAUGAUGAUGAUGAUGAGAGAGAAACGCAUCUCACCACCGCGGCGCCCAGUGAUGCUGCUGCUGCGUUGGCAGUGGUGCACAAGCAUAGCAAUAACAUAGGCAACGUUUCGGGCGACGGACCUUCGUAGCAGAUGGUAGCACGUGGUACCUUAUAAAGGAAAUAUAUAUAUAGUAUGUGACGUUUCAUGCGACGGAUCUUGCCAGCACAAGUCACUAAAUUCCAGACGCGGGGUGUUUUAGUGCCACAGAGCAAUCGUCCACUGAACGUGACAAGCGGGUCAGUGUCUCCUUCACGUAGACACCUUUCCACACAUAAAAUAUUAAAGGAUUUAUGACUAAUCCCAUCGGCCACACGCGUACGUUCUACUGGGAGUGUGCAAUUUCAACAGCAUUGAUUACAAGACGAGCAACCGCUGGAAACCGGUUUCGACAUCCGCUGUCUCGUCAGAGUCUCGGCGUUGAGUGUCUGCUCAGCAGAGUUGUCGCUUGUCUUGAAUCGGUGCUGCUGAAACGAGGCACUUCCAGAAGCCCGUGCACAUGGCUGAUGGGAUGUCGAGGAAAUAAUGUUGUUGUUUAUGUUCACGUGGAGGGAUGGGCGUGUGUUCAGGAGGUUGUUUUUUUCGGUAAAGUCGCGCAGGUAAAAAAUAAAAUCAAAGUAAAUUAAAUCACGACGUUUCGGAGGCAACACAAGCUUCCGUCUUCAGGUGGAAACGUCGUGAUUUAAUUUAUUUUUAUUUUAUUUUUUUACCUACGUGACUUUACCGAAAAAAUCAAAGAGUAUGGACCCUUGCAGUCAGGAAAACUUCAAAUCUAGAAUUUAGGAGGUUUGUUUUAUCUAUUUUGUAAUUUACAAUCUCCAUCGCAACAAAGUAACGCUAAUGGUUACGUUGAUUCCCACUGCAGUCACCGUGGGUGAUGUCUAUACAGAAUGCCUCUCACUGUAUUACUCGAUGUGUGUCUGUAUGUUGAACUUGUUUUGCACCAUACCUAGCCAAUUGUACUAAUCGGAGGUGAUGUCGAUGAUAGAAACUGCCAGCUACUAUUGUAUUCAUCUUCUUGGUUCUUUCGGUAAAGUCAUGUAGAAUGGACAGACCUGGUCUUCACCUGAGGACGGCUGCUUGCGUUGUGGCCGUAACGUCGUGAUAAUUAUUUUAUAAUGUUUUAUUUUUAUUCUUUUAUUACUUCCCUUCUACGUGGUGACUUUACCGAAAGAACCAAGAAGAUGAAUCCCUGCAGUCACGAAAGCUUUAAAUCGAAAUAUUAUUGUAUUGCUGCUCUAAGCGAAAUGUUUCGUCGUUGUAGUGAAAGUCGCCACCGCCACAUCGACCCCUACUGACGCCACCCACCACUACCUCUACUGCCGUGCGUGCACUCCCCACCACCACCGCCACCUUCCACAACUACCACUGCUACCAGAGGUCGCAACCGAGUACCCGAUACCCGGCUACCCGUACCCGGCCGGGUACGGGUACCCGUUUGCGACCCUGGUGCGGCCGGGUACGGGUACGGGUAGGCCGUGAGUCACUGGUGAGUCACCGUUUGUCACUCAUUUCCCAACGUCUUGUCUCUUCUCACAAUUCAAGUUCCUAGAAUCAACCCAUCCGCGCCUGCAACAUGGCUUCAUCCCAGAGGUCGCAAUCAGGUACCCGUACCCUACCCGAUACCCGGCCAGGUACAGGGUAGCCGGGUAUCGGGUAGGGUACGGGUACCCGUUUUCGACCCUGGUGCAGCCGGGUACGGGUAAGGAAUCAAAAUCCGUUUGCGACCUCUGACCGCUAUCCACAUUAAGCCCCACACACCCCGCUUGCAGGCGGGGGGAAGGGGCGGAACCUAAAGAGGAAUGGGCGGAGCCUGGACAGGAAAGGGCGGGGCCUAGAGAGGAAGGGGCGGGGCAUAGAGAGGAAGGAACGGGGCAUGAAGCGGAAGGGGCGGAGCAUAGAUAGGAAGGGCGGGGCAUAUCCAGAAAGGGGCGGGGCAUAGAGAGGAAGGGUGGGGCAUAGAGAGGAAGGGCCGGGGGCUAAAGAGGAAUGGGCGGAGCCUGGACAUGAAGGGGGCGUGGCCUAGAGCGGAAAA